AUUCUCUAUUCGUUACCAACCAAUCAAUAUGUCUGCUAUGUCUUUGUACUACUGCGCAUACGCGACAUUUGUCCGUUUAUCGUUUACCACAAAGACGAUCUGGAUUCCGCGACAUUGUGAGAAAGCUGAUUUUGCCAUUAUAUCUGUUGAGCCGAAGAUGCCAAAGUCAAAAGAAUAUGUGUCUGAUAGUGAUGACAGCAGUGAAGAGGAAAUACAGUCAAAGAAAAAGAAACCAAGACAGACUGAAGACGAGAAACCAGCAACAAAAAAAAUGAAAAAAGAAGAAGAAACUAUCUGGGAUUUGGGAAACAAUCGUCAAGUAAAUGUGAGAGAUUUCAAAGGCAAAUAUUAUGUAGAUAUCCGAGAAAUGUAUUAUGACAAAGAAGGCGAUUUGAAACCUGGCAAAAAAGGAAUAUGCUUAACCAUGCAACAAUGGCGAAAAUUUAUGAAUGUUGUGGAAGAGGUAGAUAAAGUGGCAAAAUCAAAGUGUUAGAAUUGUUUUUUCCUUAUGUCUAAAAUGUUUCUUUUAUAUUCAUAAUUUUUCUGAGAUAUAUUAGAAUUUUGAAAAGAUAAAUAAUUAUUGUACAUUUUUUUAUGUAUCAAAUUACACAUAGAUGAUAAAAUUACAUAAAAUGUAAUUAAAAAAUGUAACUGCGCUUAAGAAAAAAUAACAUUUACUGCUGGUUUGUAAGGAAUGAAUAAAAUAUUUUCUUUUAUA